AUGCCUCUCGUCGUGCCCGGCAUCAUGAGCAAUUCCGACGACAAGACCCAGGUCUGGGCCAACAAGCUCGUCGGAAAGACGUUUUCGGAGACAGAAUCCAAUGAGACUAUGUUUUGCAAAAAGGACUUGCCAGAGUCUCACCGGAUUCUCAAGCCGGGUUCGAUUGUCACUAAGGAUUUCCGGCCGGAUAGAUUGAAUGUGCAUUUGAAUGAGGAUGGAACGGUGUCGCAUGUUGUUCAUGGGUAG